CGCCAAAACCGUUCCAAAAAUGCGAUGGCCCAUCCCUCCAAACCCCCCAAAUUUUUGGCCAAAAUUUCAAGCCCCGCGCGCCAACUCCGCAAAUCCCACCACUACUUAAACCCCCCACCGAUUCCUCACACCCGUAGUCUCGAGCCCAGAUCGCCGUCGCCCUCCGCACCAAGCCGCCCGACCGCCUCGCCCGAUGGCCCGCACGAAGCAGACGGCGCGCAAGUCCACCGGCGGCAAGGCCCCGCGGAAGCAGCUGGCGACCAAGGCGGCGCGCAAGUCGGCCCCGGCGACCGGCGGGGUGAAGAAGCCGCACCGCUUCCGCCCCGGCACCGUCGCGCUCCGGGAGAUCCGCAAGUACCAGAAGAGCACGGAGCUGCUCAUCCGCAAGCUCCCCUUCCAGCGGCUCGUCCGCGAGAUCGCGCAGGACUUCAAGACCGACCUCCGCUUCCAGUCCUCGGCCGUCGCCGCGCUGCAGGAGGCCGCGGAGGCGUACCUCGUGGGGCUCUUCGAGGACACCAACCUCUGCGCCAUCCACGCCAAGCGCGUCACCAUCAUGCCCAAGGACAUCCAGCUCGCCCGCCGCAUCCGCGGGGAGCGCGCCUAGGCGCCCUGCUGUCCAUCGCUUGGUUGCUGUUACUAUUAGGUGUUUAGGCUCUUCUCGUCAUGUUCUUGCUGUGUCUCAUGCCAUUAGCUGCUUGCUAUGUGUUGAUGCUUUCGCUGUCGUCAGACUAUCAGUUUGGAGAAAUGCAAUGGAUGUGAUCUAUUUUAUA